GCGGCCCGCUCGCCUCCGCGGCUCCGUCGCGGCCCCCGAGUCCCCCGCUGUCCCCCCUGCGCGUCCCUGGCGCCUCUCCGGCUCCCCCGCUCUCGGCCCCGGCGUCAUGUCUUGGGCCACUCGUCCGCCCUUCCUCCCGCCGCGGCCUGCCGCGGGGCAGUGUGGGCCGGUGGGGGUGAGAAAAGAGAUGCAUUGUGGGGUCGCGUCCCGGUGGCGGCGGCGGCGGCCCUGGCUGGAUCCCGCGGCGGCGGCGGCGGCGGCGGCGGCCGGAGAGCAGCAAACCCUGGAGCCGGAGCCGGGGGAGGCUGGCCGGGACGGGAUGGGCGACAGCGGGCGGGAUUCCCGAAGCCCAGACAGCUCCUCCCCAAAUCCCCUUUCCCAGGGGAUCCCUCCGGCUUCUCCUCCUGGCCCACCUCUUACCCCUUCAGCACCUCCACCUCCAAUGCCACCCCCGCCACUGGGCUCCCCCUUCCCAGUCAUCAGUUCUUCCAUGGGGUCCCCUGGUCUGCCCCCUCCGGCUCCCCCAGGAUUCUCCGGGCCUGUCAGCAGCCCUCAGAUCAACUCCACAGUGUCGCUCCCUGGGGGUGGCUCUGGCCCCCCUGAAGAUGUGAAGCCACCGGUCUUAGGGGUCCGCGGCCUGCACUGUCCACCCCCUCCAGGUGGCCCUGGGGCUGGCAAACGGCUUUGUGCAAUCUGCGGGGACCGAAGCUCAGGCAAGCACUAUGGGGUUUACAGCUGCGAGGGCUGCAAGGGGUUCUUCAAGCGCACCAUUCGGAAGGACCUGACCUACUCGUGUCGCGAUAACAAAGACUGUACAGUGGACAAGCGCCAGCGGAAUCGCUGUCAGUACUGUCGCUAUCAGAAGUGCCUGGCCACUGGCAUGAAAAGGGAGGCGGUUCAGGAGGAGCGUCAACGGGGGAAGGACAAAGACGGGGAUGGAGACGGGGCUGGGGGAGCCCCCGAGGAGAUGCCCGUGGACAGGAUCCUGGAGGCAGAGCUCGCUGUGGAGCAGAAGAGUGACCAAGGCGUUGAGGGUCCUGGGGGGACCGGGGGUAGUGGCAGCAGCCCAAAUGACCCAGUGACUAACAUCUGCCAGGCAGCCGACAAACAGCUGUUCACACUCGUUGAGUGGGCAAAGAGGAUCCCGCACUUCUCCUCCCUGCCCCUGGACGACCAGGUCAUACUGCUGCGGGCAGGCUGGAACGAGCUCCUCAUUGCAUCCUUCUCCCAUCGGUCCAUUGAUGUCCGAGAUGGCAUCCUCCUGGCCACGGGUCUUCAUGUGCACAGAAACUCAGCCCAUUCCGCAGGCGUGGGAGCCAUCUUUGAUCGGUCCCUCUCCAGGGUGCUGACAGAGCUAGUGUCCAAAAUGCGUGACAUGAGGAUGGACAAGACAGAACUUGGCUGCCUGCGGGCAAUCAUACUGUUUAAUCCAGAUGCCAAGGGCCUCUCCAACCCCGGAGAGGUGGAGGUCCUCCGGGAGAAGGUAUACGCCUCACUGGAGACCUACUGCAAGCAGAAGUACCCUGAGCAGCAGGGCCGGUUUGCCAAGCUGCUGUUACGUCUUCCUGCCCUCCGCUCCAUCGGCCUCAAGUGUCUGGAGCACCUGUUCUUCUUCAAGCUCAUAGGCGACACCCCCAUUGACACCUUCCUCAUGGAGAUGCUUGAGGCUCCCCACCAGCUAGCCUGAGCCCAGAUGCACACGGAGUGUCACUGAGGAGGACUUGAGCCUGGGCAGGGGGCAGAGCCAUGGGACAGCUGCAGAGCAGGAGGGGACUUGCCCAGCCUGCCAGGGAUCUGGCAACAAUUAGCAGGGUUCGCUUGGUCUCCAAGUCAGAGGGGACCCCAGAUCCCUGUGACGACUGUGUGUCUACCUUCAGUGGCCUUGAGUCUCUGAAUUUGUCGGGGUCUCCCAUGGUGCAGGUGAUUCUUCAUCCUGGCUCCCCAGCACAAAGCACUGCCCUGCUCCCUUCUCAAGAGUGGAACAGAGCUCCCCCAGAAAGGGGUGUUGUGGGGCAGGCCCCCCAAGCUGAUGGUCGUGGGAGCAGGGCUCUGACAGCCUUCAUCCUCUCAGACUUGGCAGGCGGGGCAGAGGAGGGGCCUGCCGGGCUCCUGUCAGCCCCACGUCCACAGUACCUCCUGCAGUCAGACUGAAGAAUAAAGGGGUAGCGAAGGGGCUGCUGGCAGUGGAGGAACUCAUUGCUAUUUUUAAUUUCCUGUGAGGAGAGACUGAGAGUUAGACUCAAAGAAGUACUGUACAUCCCCAGGUUGACUUAAAUGUCAGGGCUGGAGAUGGCAUGUGGGCAAGGAGGCCCCUCAGGUGGGCUGCCCUGAACCUCUGUGGGCUCUGCCUUCAUCUUCCUCACAGCUCUGGGCUGUGAGGUGGGUGGCCCUUCCAGCACAGUUAGGCUGGGCUCAAGGGGGGACAUUGAUGGGGGUGGCCAGCCUGCAGAGAUGGGUGCUGGGCUGCAUGAUUUUUGCCCUGAAUCUCUUUGGGGGGGGGGGUUCCCUCCCAUCUUUCACUUGCACAUAAAGUUGCUUUCCAGUUAUAGCCAUUUUCUGGACUGAGAUAACUAUAUGGGUGGUGGGCACCAGGGCAUCUACAUG